CUCCCCGCCUCCCUGCGGCGCGGCCUGCCCGGGCCCGGCCUGCUGUGGCGGCGGCGGCAGCACCGAGGCCGGAAGGCUCCAUGGCUUUCAUCCGCAAGCGGCGGCUGGAGCGGGAGCUGUACUCCAAGGAGAGGUUUUCACUGCUGCUUCUUAACCUGGAAGAAUAUUACUUCGAACAGCACACAGCUAAUCAUAUUACAAAUAAAGGUUGCAGAGAUGAAAGGUACAACACCUUUACAUGCAUUCAUAUACUGAAGUUGUUCCAAUCUCUAACACACUCACAACUCCUUCCUUUUUUUAUUGUUCCUUCUAGAAAAUUCAGAGGCUCCCUAAAAAUCUGCUCAAAGUCAAUCAUUUUUGAACCUGAUGACAAUAACCAACCCAUUAUCAAGAUACCACUGAGAGACUGCAUUAGUAUUAAAGCCCCAGAAGAGAAUGAAGCAAGAAACCCUUUCACACGGGAUACAGCUGGAAGGAUUUUUGUUGUCUGUAACCAGGUUUUUCUCAUUAAAGAAAGGAACAUCAUUGCACCCUACAAAACAAUAAGAGGUAGAACAGAACACAUAUUCCAGCUGGAUGUUGCUGGGAAACUAGGAGAUGUUGUGCAAACGCUACAUCAGCUUUACAGGGCUUCUUGUCUGGAUAAGAUGGGAGAUCAAGCUGCCAUGAUAACUGCUAUACUGCAAUCACGCUUGGCUAGAACUUCAUUUGAUAAAAACAGAUUUCAAAGCAUUUCUGAAACGCUGCACAUGGAAUGUAAAGCAGAAAUGGUGACACCACUGGUGACUAACCCAGGGCACGUGUGUGUUACUGAUGCUAACUUGUACUUCCAGCCUCUUAAUGGAUAUCCUAAGCCAGUUGUACAAAUAACCCUGCAGAACGUGCGGCGCAUCUAUAAAAGAAGACAUGGGCUGAUGCCCCUGGGACUUGAAGUAUUUUGCACAGAAAAUGAUCUAUGUUCUGACAUCUACUUGAAAUUCUACAACUACCAAGAUCGAGAUGAGCUCUAUUACCUUAUUGCAACAUAUCUAGAAAACCACAUUACAGAGCAUACAGCUGAAAGUUACAUGCUGCAGUGGCAGCGAGGGCACCUAUCAAACUACCAGUAUCUUCUCCAUCUCAACAAUCUGGCUGACAGAAGCUGCAAUGAUCUCUCCCAGUAUCCUGUAUUUCCCUGGAUCAUAGCAGACUACUCCAGUUCAGUGCUAGACCUGACAAAGCCUGAAACAUUCCGUGACCUCAGUAAACCAAUUGGUGCCCUGAAUAAGGAAAGGCUAGAUAGACUCUUGAAACGGUAUCAGGAAAUGUCAGAGCCCAAGUUCAUGUAUGGGAGCCAUUAUUCAUCUCCGGGUUACGUCUUGUUUUAUCUCGUCAGAGUUGCUCCAGAAUACAUGCUCUGUCUGCAGAACGGCAAGUUCGAUCACGCUGACAGAAUGUUCAACAGCCUUGCAGAGACCUGGAAGAACUGCUUGGAUGGGGCAACAGAUUUCAAAGAGUUGAUUCCAGAAUUUUAUGAAAAUGAUUCUAGUUUUUUAGUAAACAGUUUGAAGUUGGACUUGGGAAAAAGGCAGGGUGGAAAGAUGGUUGAAGAUGUAGAGCUUCCUCCUUGGGCAUCAGGUCCUGAUGACUUUCUUCAGAAGAGCCAAGAGGCUUUAGAAAGUCAGUAUGUGUCAGAACAUCUUCAUGAAUGGAUUGACCUCAUCUUUGGCUGCAAGCAGAAAGGAGGUGAAGCAGUUGCAGCUCACAAUGUGUUCCACCCAUUAACUUAUGAAGGAGGAGUGGAUUUAAACAGUAUUCUGGACCCCAAUGAAAAAGUGGCUCUGCUGACACAGAUCUUGGAGUUUGGACAGACACCAAAGCAGCUGUUUACAACUCCUCAUCCUCGCAGGAUAAUCCCCAAGCUGAAAAGCUUGUCUCGAGCUUCCAGUCACAGUGUUUCCAUAGCUGAGUCUCCAGUUUCUCCAAAUGAAGAAUCAUUUGAAGACUUGACAGAAGAAAGUAGAACACUUGCUUGGAACAACAUUGCCAAACUCAAAUUAAACGAGCAAUAUAAAAUUCACAAAGAGGCAAUCACUGGAAUAGCAGUCACUAGCAAUGGAUCUUCUGUCUUCACUACAUCCCAGGAUUCCACUCUGAAGAUGUUUUCCAAAGAGUCAAAGACAACCCAGAGAAGUGUGUCCUUUUCCAACAUGGCCUUGUCAUCUUGUCUCAUCUUGCCUGGAGAUACCACUGUCAUCAGUUCUUCAUGGGACAACCAUAUCUAUUUUUACUCAAUUGCCUUUGGAAGACGGCAGGACAUCUUAAUGGGGCAUGAUGAUGCAGUCAGUAAGGUCUGCUGGCGUGACGGGCGCUUGUACUCUGCAUCUUGGGAUUCCACUGUGAAGGUGUGGCACUGUGCUCCUGGGGACACCUCAAGCAAUAAAAAACACCAGUUUGAGCUGCUUGCAGAGCUGGAACACGAUGUCAGUGUGAACACAAUCGACCUGAACGCUGCAAGUACUUUACUGGCUUCUGGAACCAAAGAGGGCACCAUUAGCGUCUGGGAUGUGGCUGCAGCAACAGUGUUGCACCAGUUGCCCUGCCAUUCUGGGACUGUCUUUGAUGCUGCUUUUAGUCCUGACAGCAGACAUCUACUCAGCACAGGAGAGGACUCUUGUUUUAAAGUAAUAGAUGUACAAACUGGAAUGCUCAUAUCUUCUCUAACCACUGAUGAGCCACAGAGGUGCUUCAAAUGGGAUGGCAACACCAUCUUGUCAGGAAGCCAGUCUGGUGAGCUGCUGGUUUGGGACCUCCUGGGAGGAAAGGUUACUGAACGCAUCAAAGGACAUGCAGGUGCUGUGGUGUCCAUGUGGAUGAAUGAACAAUGCAACAGUGUCAUUACAGGAGGGGAAGACAAACAAAUCAUGUUCUGGAAGCUGCAAUACUGAAGUGCCUUUCCCUCCAGACCUUUAAAUGAACUCUUAUUUUAAACCAAACCUUUUAAAGGAACUCAACUGUGUGCAAUGAUGGCUGCUGAAGUUCAACCAGGCAGGAAGCUCUGGCCAAGUACAGCUUUCAAUGGUAUGGUGACUUCACUGAGGGCUCUUAACUUCCAGAGUGUAUGCAUUUGUUUUCCAUGGACUGUCAUACUGAAAAUGCUUGUCUAAAAAGAUAUCUGAGGUUAAAUUAAAGACUUAUUUUUCUGUAAUUAAA